UCCAGGCCUGUGCUGAGCUCUGGCACAUUGAACCCAGAAGCCCAUUUGCUGUGCUGAAGCCAUUGCGGAGGAAGAGUCCUCCUGCAAAAAGGAGGAAGGGGAUCCAGCAUCUGCAGAGCAGGCCGAGGCUAUACCCAGGGUGUGUGGAGAUCCACCCCCACUGGAAGGGCCAGAUGCCAUCGUGCCUAUCCUCAAGGAAGAUGGAUCCUACCUGCUCUGUGGAUAUUGGGCUGAUGAGCCUGAAGCACCAGUCCAGGCCUGGGCUGGGGCCUGGCACUUUACAACCCAGCAGCCCAUCUGCAGUGCUGAGGACACUUUGGCCUCUGCUCUGCAUCACACCUCGGGGUGUGUGAAGAUCCACCCCCACUGGAAGGGCCAGAUGUCAUUGUGCCUAUUCUCAAGGAUGAUGGGUCCUACAUGCUCUGUGCAGUUUGGAUGGAUGAUCCUGAAGCACCAGUCCAGGCCUGGGCUGGGGCCUGGCACCCUACAACCCAGCAGCCCAUCUGCUGUGCUGAGGCCACUGUGGUGAAAGAUGCCACCUACCAAAAAGAGAAAGUCAUGUUGGCAACUGCUGAUUGGGCUGAGGCUACCUCCAGGGUGUGUGGAGAUCCACCACCACUGGAAGGGCCAGAUGUCAUCGUGCCUAUCCUCAAGGAUGACAGGUCCUACAUGCUCUGUGCAUAUUGGGCAGAUGAGCAUGAAGCCCCAGUCCAGGCCUGGGCUGGGGCCCUGCACCCUACAGCCCAGCAGCCCAUCUGCUGUGCGGAGGCCAUUGUGGUGGAAGAUGCCUCCAGCCAGAAGGAGAAAAUAGAGGUGGCAUUUGCAGAGCAGACUGAGGCCACACCCAGGGUGGGUGAAGAUCCACCCCCACUGGAAGGGCCAGAUGUCAUCGUGCCUAUCCUCAAGGAUGACGGAUCCUACCUGCUCUGUGCAUAUUGGGCAGAUGAGCCUGAAGCCCCAGUCCAGGCCUGGGCUGGGGCCCUGCACCCUACAGCCCAGCAGCCCAUCUGCUGUGCUGAGGCCAUUCUCGUGGAAGAGCCCUCAUCACAAGAGGAGGAAGGGAAGGUGGCACGUGCAGACCAGGCCGAGGCUAAUCAGAGGGUGUGUGGAGAUCCACCCCCACUGGAAGGGCCAGAUGUCAUCGUGCCUAUCCUCAAGGAUGAUGGAUCCUACCUGCUCUGUGGAUACUGGGCAGAUGAGCCUGAAGCACCAGCCCAGGUCUGGGCUGAGGCCUGGCAUGCAAAAACCCAGCAGCCCAUCUGCUGUGCUGAGGCUUUUUGGGUGCUAAGAACUUCCUCUGGUGGAUACCAUGAAACCUGACUCUGUUCAUUCCAGGACCCCAUUUAUAUUAAAGUUUGGUUUUGUUAAUUA